AUGGGUAUAUUUUCGUCAACGAUUCAAUGUGAUAUUUCAUUGUGGGGGAUUGUUGUGAUUUUAAUACAAGGAUACUUUCUGCAAGAAGUCAGGGCCGCCGACGUUGCUAGCUUACAUGACACGGUACAACGUAGACUAAAUACCAGUGGCGCGAACGAGUACACACCACAAUUCACUGGAACACCGUACAAAGUUGAAGUGUUAGAGAACAUUCCAGUAGGAUCCGCAAUCUUCCAGGUUUCCGCUGUAGACGGCGAUAGGGGAGAAAACGGAAGAGUUAGCUACGUGCUGCUACAGGGAACCCAAAACUUUGAAGUUGAUGAGAAUACUGGGCUCAUUAAAACACGUUCGUUCCUGGACCGCGAAAUGGCAGAUCAUGAAAUGCUUUUGGUGGAGGCUCAUGACCACGGCACUCCUCAUAAGUCUACUGUGGUUAAGGUGCCUGUGCACAUUUUGGAUGUAAAUGACAAUGCACCUGUAUUCUCAAAGGACAUAUACAGAAGCGGUAUAUGGGAUGGUAGUAGAGUUGGACAGGUUGCGAUGCGCCAGAUCAACGCAUUUGACGCUGAUGUAGGGAGUAACGCUGAAUUAUCUUACAGCCUUGUCCACUCAAAUAACCCGACCUGCCAUAAUUUAUCCAUUGAUCCUAAAUCGGGUGUGAUCAGGGUCGCUCAUCAGCUUAAUGAAGAAGGGGCUUUCCACAUAUCGCCAUGCAAAGCAAGUGUUAUUGCUACUGAUGGAGGUGUACCCCCAUUAUCGUCGACAGCAAAAGUCAUAAUUGAGAUUGUAACCAUAAAUGAUAUUAUAUAG